GAAGCAUCGAGCUGCCUGCUUUGUUUUGUUUUGGUUGGAGUUGUGUAAGAGAGCGACAGGCGGAGGUCCGUCCGGGAGAGAGCCGCUCAUCAGAUGGGGAGAGCCAAACCGGGGAUGGAAGAUGACGGACCGAUAGCUGACGCCUGUAAAAUGCCGAGUUUUAUCAGCAGUUUCGAGGAGGGGAGGGUGAAAUUGUCCCGCAACCUCCCGACAGAAACUUCCCUCACGGACGGUAAAGUUGAGCGGCAGGUCAGAGAUUUAAACCGACGUGUCACCAGAUCAAACUCUCGGUUAUCACUCGACGGAGGAGAGAGGGAGUCGGAGGAGAGGAGCAGCGAGGAGGAGAAGGAUGCGGAGGGCAAUAACAACAACAACUGCAACGGCGGAGGAGAGAGGAGGAGGGCGAGCGCUGUCGAGAUUUUGAGGAGGAAUUUCGGGGUGUCAAAGUCUCCCUCUCUCCGUUUGAACACAAGCGGUCGGAUGCAGUGCGGCGCCGAGCUUGAAAACCAUCUAGGAAACGUUAACAACGACGUUACGAACGGUCAUGGAAGUGAGUGUGGCGACUGUAAAAAGUCGGACCGAGAAACGGGCGAAGCUGCGACGAAAAACGAGCCAACCUCGAGCGAGUUAACGACUUCGGAUGCACAUGUAGUUCAGUGCCAUCAUAUAUGUGCCAGUGACAACAACACAGUAAGUUUAGAUGAGUCUUUUAGUGUCAAAGAACACGUCUACUGCACUGUUUACUGCAUCGCCAACGACAGUCAUCAAAAAGACGCUGAUAUCACAAACCGCUACGAUGAGACGGUCACGUCUGACGCACCAGAAAUGGACUUGGAGACAGGACAGGAAGGAGGUUCGAGUCCCGAACCGGCAUUGUAUACUCUGGAAGACCUGGUGGAUCCGUUCGGGGAUAUCUCCCAUCAGCUGUACAGGGCGCAGGCCGGUGCAGAGAGUGCGAUACAGAGUUGCCGGGUGUGCCUGGAAGACAAAACCAUCGCACCUCUGCCCUGCUGCAGGAAGGCCGUGUGUGACGAGUGUCUGAAGCUCUACGUCAGCUCUCAGGUGCGAGUGGCCAAACCUUACAUCAGCUGUCCGAUCACAGAGUGCAGUGGCAACCUGGAGGAGGGAGUGGUGAUUUCCCAUUUGGCCAAUGAGGAUGUGGCAAAAUAUCGUUACUUUUUGGAGCUGAAUCAGCUGGAUUCGAGCACCAAGCCCUGCCCCCAGUGCAGUCAGUUCACCUCUCUGAAGAAGCACAACCCCAACCACUCCGAGCACAAGUACAAGAUCCAGUGUAGCAAUUGCCAGUUUGUGUGGUGCUUUAAAUGCCAUGCGCCCUGGCACAAUGGCCUCAAAUGUCGCGACUACAGAAAAGGAGACAAGCUGCUACGAACAUGGGCAAGUGUCAUUGAACAUGGACAAAGAAACGCCCAGAAAUGUCCACAGUGCAAGAUCCAUAUUCAGCGUACAGAGGGAUGUGACCAUAUGACUUGUACACAGUGUAACACAAACUUCUGCUACCGCUGUGGAGAACGCUAUCGACACCUAAGGUUUUUUGGGGACCAUACAUCCAACCUCAGCGUGUUUGGCUGCAAGUAUCGCUAUCUGCCUGAUAAACCUCAUCUUAGACGGCUCAUUAGAGGCUCUGUCUGUGCCACUAAGGUGCUGAUAGCUCCAGUGGUCAUUCUACUGGUCGUGGUGCUUGGAGCUCUUGCACUGGUGAUAGGUUUGGUAGUUUUCCCGGUCUACUAUGUGUGUAAGAGGAAGAAGAAGCAGCGCACUCAGGGCUCUGGACGGUGGAUCUGACACCUGCCCUGCACUACAUCAAGACCACGCUCACACAGCUUGAAUCGACAACACCCACAUAUCCUCAGGGACAGACAUGCCAGCCUGAGUCAUCGCAAAAGUGUGAGAGGAACAUCAGAAAAUGAACCUGACUUGGAUAUUCAAGCUGAAACAGACAUAAAACCCCUUCUGAAUCCUGGAGGAACUGCUGUUUUGUACAGUGCUGCUCACAUAAUGGAUAGUAAGUGUUUGAAUCCCUUAAAAUGUAACAAACUUUCAUAACUGUUAGGACUUUCCUACUGAUCAACCCUUGUCCCACACACAUUACAGAAAGUUUCAGCAGUGCACAUUUGCGGACGGAGUCAGUUUCGUUUACACCCGCACUUGUGAGAAUACAUUAAAAGAAGAAGCUGGGAGCCCGUUGCUGAUAUGUUACAAAUUAUAGAUUUUGUAGACGAGAGGAUUUGAUAAUGUUGAUUACCAGAAAAAUGUUACAAGGAACGCUCACUGGAGGAAUUCACAGGUGAACAACGCGGAAAUACGAGGAAAUAAUAUCGUCCUUAAUUGUAAAAGUUGCUUGCGCUGCAGGUAGCGAGGAAAAGAUGUAAGAUGGAAGCUGAAUUCGGAACAAGCCAUGGUGGAGAAAUGAGUUCUCACUGAUGCAACAACAACUGGACAUUGACUUUGUUCUUCUUCCUCUGUUGGAAAUGCAGUUUUCAUCGGAUAUUGACAAUUUCCAUUGCAAUUUGUGUUUCUGACAAGCGCACACUGUGGAAAAUAAAAGGACUAAACUUGAAGGAUGAUACUACUCAGACACUGCUAUUCUUGGCUACCCUGAAUAAUACUGACUCUGCCUGAUCUCAAGUUCUUGCUAUAAGGCUUGAAGGUGACUGAAAGUGACCUCUGAAUGAAAUAUUGGAAAACACAGAUAGAAUUUUAGUGAGCCUCCAUUGUUUCUGUUGUGGUUUUCCAUCAACUCCUCUUUCUAUCUGUCUCUGUCUUCCUCACUCUCCUUUCACCCCUCCUCACUGCCUGGCUGGAUGGUGGCUCACACACACACACACACACACACACACACACACACAUGCACCCUCCCUGGCUGGCAGCUCUUCUCUGCUGUGCCCACAUACUGUAUGCCAGUAUCUGCAUCAUCAAAAAAAAAAAGAAAGUCUGCUGUAUGGUAAUUGUGCCAAAACAAAACGCUGAAUGUGGCAGGACAGACAGUUGACCCUGCUCCUUUGUUGUUGUUUUUUUUUGUUUUUUAGGGGUUGCCUUUUGCGGAGGUUUAGGUGGUGAUGCUGUCAGUGUAUUGUGGAGUCUGCACAAGGUCACACAGGUUGUUGGCAUAAUUAUGCAAAAGACGUUUGGAAACCGUUCAGAAGUGCUUAUGCAAAGGCUAAGACUUAAAAUGACUGAACAUACUGUUGCAAAUGGUCCCAGCAGAUAAACAGAAGGUUUGACUUUGCUUUUUGAGGUAGUGUGGAUGGCGGUUUGCCAAAAAGGUAAACAGGAUGCUAGAUUUUUAAAAUAUGAGUAUAGACGCUAGAUCAGGUUGCUGUGCACUGAAUAUAUGGUAAAUUACGCAAAUGUAAGUUAUAAGGUUAUCAGGUUUUCAAGCUUUUCAAGAAUUGAUAUGAAAAUGUUUGGUAUUGUUUCAGUUUUUUUUGCAGUGAAAGGAGGAUUUCUGUCUGUCAGAGUUUGCAUAGUGGUUUUUAACAUAGACACAUACACACACCCUCUUAACUCAUUCACACUGGCAUAUACGAAAGCACACACGUGGGGUGCUGCCAGGAAACAGGAGAUUUUCAAGAGCUUUAAAGUUCGUCACCUGGCAGCAGCCAGCUCGCUGUCCUUCACUUAUCCCUCUUUUCUCCUCCCUGCUGUCAUUCCUCAAUUUUUGUGUUACUGCUUCUUUUUUUUUUUUUUUUUUACCCCUAUGAUCUCUCACUUUUCUAACAUCUCUUGUCCAUGCUGUCCUCUGAGGUGUAACUGGAUUUACAUCCCUCUGACCUCAGCUGUGAGUGGAGGUGACAGUUACAGUACAAAAAAGGCUCAGUUGGGAAAACAGGGGGUGCACACCCACUGGAGCUGUAGCUGCUGUUCACCCACAAAAAGCAAUCCAAACUGGAUGCUUUUGAGCCUCUGAUAUGUGAAAAAAUAACUCAGAGCUACCAGUGGUGCACGCUGCGGUCAAGUACACCUGUCACAGAUUUUUAUUGUGUGUUUUUUUCCCACCACUUCAUGGAGCGAGCUACCUGUUUUUGCUAUGUUGCUCUUUCAUGAGAGGCUUACGAAGGAGAGACUGUAGGAAAACAAGAAGAGGAGGAAAAGCACAAUACGUCUGCACAUAAGGGAUGUUACAGCACAGUGAGAAAAAGAUAUGGAAUGAUACAACAAUGAAAGGUUGAGGGGGAAACUAUAGUUUGUUUUUAUAAGUGCAUUUUCAAAUCCGUAGUGGUUACCAGUGGAAUAUAACCUGAUUGUUACAGCACGUUUCAUCACUGAAUCUUCACUAAAUCCAGGAUUUAAGGCAUGAAGGAAAAGCAGCGUUGAUGUUCAUGCAUGUGGGACAUUUUUACAGAGCAAUGCCAUUAGCUUGGCUUUAUCCCAGGGAUCUGAAACAUUUUUCUACAUCUGGGAUUUAAUUUAAAAAAAAAAACAACUGUCAAGUGCAGUCAAACUGUACAGACAAAGUUCCUAAAGGACACACAGAAUAUAUUGUUACACACUGAUUUCAGCAGCCAUAAGAGGUCCUGAAUCUGGGUUUAAAUGCACUCUCAGGGAGUCUGUUUUCUGUUCACUGUACCCAGAGCUCUUCAUCUACAUGAGCUGUGCCACAGAAAUCGCUGAACAGCACUGCAGAUUCAAAAUGCUUCCUGAUAGGUUCGCCUAGAGCUGCUUAGCAACCAUAUUUAAUUCCAGGAAAUAAAGGACACUCGAGUGUCAAAAGAGAUCCAAAUAUCUCAGUGUUGCAAACACUGUCUGUGUUUCCCAGCCUCCCUCAGCUGCGUUGUGAACCCUCUGUGGAGAUCAGGGGUUGAAGCUGGGAAGAAAAAAUGUGUGUUAGUGAGUCAGCACUGGGAAAUUGAAUGUGUAAGUUAUGCGCCAAACACAAAAUACUGAAACCAUUGUUGACUUGCAAUGUUUUAUCGUAUACAUGUUUAAUCUAACUGCUCGGCUAGUACUACACUGACAUAUUAAAUUUCUCCUUUUUUUUUUUUUUGAUUGACAUAAGACUGACUGACAGAGUAUGAUGGAUAUUUGUAUUUUAACUUGUCAUCAGCACAGAGAAAUGUAUCAGCAGAGUGAACUGAAAAUCUAUUCACUAGGGGCUGUUUUUCUUCGUGAUAUGAACGCAUAUUUGAAACAGUUUCCACAAUAUAUUACCAAAAAAGCUGCCCCGUAGUGUAUAAUGUAUCACUGCUGAAAUGACUGAUCUAUUGAUUAUUGUCAAAAAAUAACAUAUGGCAUCUUUGAUAAUUGAUUAAUCAUACACAUAAUUUAUCAGGUAACUAACAUUUGUUCAGAUGAGGCAAGGAGCUUCUUAGAAGCGAGAGUUUAUAGUCAGAUUUAUUUGGCAAUUUGGCUGUCAGACAGUCUUUGCAAAUAUGAAUUGCUUCCAUCUGUCUAGCUACAGGACAAACGUAAAUGAAUAAGGUUUUCUAAAAGGUUGGUAUUUGUCACAGAUAUCCACCCAAAUCUGAUUCCUCACCCUUUUAUUCAUGUGAUGCAAUGUAAAUAUUCCAUGUCAAAAUGCCAUCACUGCUGUGUUUUAUUAUUGUAUUACUACAUAUUACUGAAUUCAUCACUGAUAUUUAUCAAAACCCUAGACAACUCUUUGGUUCAAGCUUUAUAUGCACAAAAAAGAUCUAUAUUAAUUCAGUCAGUGACAUGAGAGUUGUUUUAGCCAGUGAUUUUCUUUUGCUGUGGUGUAUUGGCUGGCUGAUGCCCCUGGCCUUUUAGUUUGUGUAACAGUCCCAGUGAUACUGGCUUAAAAUAUGCAAUGGUGCCUUCACAGCCACUAUAGAUCAGGGUUUGCCAGCCUGUGGUUCAAGCCCCCUGUGUGACUCCAAAGAUUACAGAUGGGGGUAAAAUAUAUCACAGCCUCGCCAAGGUGCGGAUGUCUUAGAAGAGCUCAAGCAAAGAUAACAUAGAACUCCUCAUGUAAGAGAAAAGUACAUGGAAUGACAGUUGAAUAUAGCUGUGGGUCUGUUACCCCAGUGUCCAGUACAGUCAUGCCUUUGUUUUUAGUAGAAAUUAAUAAAUUAAACCAAACAUCUAAAUAUUUACAGGUACCACAAUUCAGUGUGUCAGCUACAUCCCAGAUACUAUAUUAGAUACAAUAUUUUUGCAAAAGUGAUACUGUCACGUUAUUCUGGCUCAUGCUAACCUCACUCAUGUGAUUCUGUAGAUUAAAAUGAGGAAACAGUAGCACAGUGGUCCCUGUUUCCAACAUUAGAUGACUUUCAUAAGGCUGGUGUGGAACUUACAGGAGGAAGGUGUUUAUACCAAAAAGAUGUGUCAACUGCAGCAAAUCAAAUGUAUUGUUAGGGAUGAUACAUAUAGGUUACUUUCAACUCAGGAGGUCUGUGGAUAUUCAGUUUGCAGUACAGUGUAUUAUCUGUAACAUCAGAAAGGGUUUUCCUUAUCUAAACAUAUACUUGCUGGGAAAACAGCAGUAUAUUUAUUAUGUAUACACCACUUUGUUUUCAAUGGUAUUUCUAUUCAAAGAAAUCUUAAGUCUUUUACUUGAUUCGAGUGCUCCUUAUUUGCCAACAAUCCAGGAACACACUCUUCCGCCUGCUGCCACUGUUUAAAAUGUCUGCUGAUAUUAUCAUUGCUCACUUAGCCACAAACACUGUUUUCAUCUGAGGAUCUGAUGGAGAAUAAAUUCAACUGGGUCAAAUGCCAAAA